AUGUUUGCCACUUCCUGCUUGUGGCAGCUCAUUGGCCGGGCGUUAUUUUCAAGCGUCGACGCAUUUCCCGAUGACGAUGAUGGUGAGAACCGCCCUCGAAACCAUCAUACGUGCUUCCUACCGUACUCAACAUACGGUGCGUUGCGUUCAAGCCCGACGCCGCUGCGAGUCUUCGCUUAUCUGAUCCGUUCCGGACGAGCUGAUGCCUUAUCCGUCUGCGCCGCGGUGCGGGUCAAUCAGAUCGAUACAUACGGCACUCCAUGUAUCCGAUCUGACUUACGAGAUGAUCGUGCUCAGGGAUCCAAGGCGGCAGGGAAGUAA